ACCCUCUCUGUCUUCUGCCGCUUUCAUUGGUUUGGUGGCACAGUGAUGCGCGUGUGCUGGCUUGUGGGGAAAGAGAAAUGCAGUCAGCGAAUGAAACUUCCACACUUGGAAGCAGUGGUAAUUGGACGUGGCCCAGAGACUGGGAUAACGGAUAAGAAGUGUUCACGGCAGCAAGUUCAAUUAAAAGCAGACUGUAACAAGGGAUAUGUCACAGUUAAGCAGAUAGGAGUCAACCCAACUAGUGUUGACCUUGUGAAUAUAGGCAAGGAUGAAGAGGUGAAAAUGAAGCCAGGCCAAGUUCUGCAUAUUGUGAAUAAACUUUACCCCUACACGGUGCAAUUUGCUGAAGAGUCAGGGAAAACUGUUUCAGAAGCAGAAGAGACAACACAAACUGACAAGACACCCCAUGAGGACUGCGAGAAUGAUGAUUUAGACCUUGUGCCUAGAAAAACAAUGAAGAUGGAUGUGGUGGAUACACAAGGCAGUUCUGCAAAUCCCAAGCUAAGCAAUACUGCUGUAGCUCUUCAUGAAGGAACUUCAAGCAAAAAG